UGAUUGCACCACUUGGCAACGCAAGUAACGCCUGACUAACAUGAUGAUUAAUUGCACCACAAAACCCCAGGAUAAAUAUGCCUAGCUUUGUGCUUCAUUCAGAUCGCUUUAUCGACCUAAACUUUUUGUAAACAUUUGCGGCAGACAUUUUCAACGAGGUCAAUAUGGCGGGUUAUUGCGCUAAUGAUGUCGAGAAAUCGCAAGAGUUGGAUGUAUUGUUGGCCAUCUAUGAGGGUGAUUUUCUCCUGUUGGCAGUAGCUGAUUCGAGUGUAAUCUAUCAAAUUAACCUCGAGAACAUCCACGGGGUGGUUGAGUUUAACAUACAUGAUAGUUACCCUGACAAUCCACCAACUAUAACAGUGCGACAGAAUGGCAAAAAUAUCAUAGAACUUGAAGAAGUUCUUACAAAACGUGCUGUGAGUCUGAAAGGGGAAGUGAUGAUACACAACUUGAUUGAAGAAGCAAAGCAAUGGGCAUACAACCACAGGUUAGAAUUUUCUAAGAACAAAGAAAAUCCAGAUAAUAAAAUGGAAGAGCAAGCAGCUUGUAAAUUUUUUCUACUGGGACAAUGCAGGUACGGUGAACAGUGUUUUAAUAAGCACAUAACAGGCUCCACACAACCUAGCACCACAACUGCUGUUGUUGUGGAAAUUAAGCCUGAAAAACACAAGGAAGAAGCUAAAGAUGUUAAACAUGAGUCCAAGGGGAGUAAGAAAGCUCCUAUGAAAACAGCAACAGAUGUCAUCUCAAGGAUCCUGUGGGAUAAGCAGCUCAAUAAAGAUGAUUUUUGUGUCGGAUACUUGGAUAGAUUUAUAGGUGUCAUGGAGCGGCCAUUUACAGAGUUCAGUUGGGAGGAUCUGGCAUCUGUAGACUACAAUGUUUUAGCCAUACCUAAGCAUAGGAUUCAGUACUUCAAGUAUAGAGGAAAUAUCGUUUGGGACAAGAGGGAGAGGAUUGAUGAUGUGUUUGGUUCAACUGGCAGUGGGACUACUAUUUUGGAUGUUUUAAAAGAGGACCCUAGUGCUGAUAAUGGUGUUAAUGGGAAUCAGUCUGAGGAAAAGAGUGAGAUGUUUCUCCUUGAAGAAUUAGAAAGAAAUGAUGAAGCUGAGUCACAAGUGAGAAAUUCAAAGACAGGGAAAACCAGUGGACCAAAUUAUUUUCUUGCUGUUAAAGUCUGUGAUCCAGAAAUAGUGAACCACAUCCAGGAGUUCCAGUGUGAAGUUGUGAAACAGGACCCUCUUCUUAGUAUGACUCAGCCCCAACACCUUCACCUGACACUACUAAUGCUGACCCUCCCCUCCCCCCAACAAGUCGCUCUAGCCACAGAGGUCCUCAAGGGCCUUCGACACGCCCUGACGAGCAUAACUCCAUCUUCUUACAACCUCAAGUUUAAAGCGGUCGGAUCAUUCAGGGACCGUAUCCUUUACAUCGGUGUUGAAAACUCAAAGGAGCUGAGGCAGCUGGUCAAGAUGUUAAGGCUGGAGUUUCUUAAAGCAGGGGUGCAGGUUGAAGCCAAUAGGGAUGAAUUUCAGCCUCAUUUGACUGUUUGUCGAGCCUCGAAGAUAAUGACUUCGCAUGAGAAAUGCAGUGAAUUGUUUUCCUAUUUCGCGAAGACUUACCGGGAUACCCUGUUCGGCAGCCAAUGCAUAGAUUCAUUAGGGUUAUUUUCAAGGGUUGAAAAGGAAAAUGGAACUCAUAAACGCGUUUAUUCACUGGAAAACAAAAUUUUUAAUAUAUUACCCAAACUAUCCAACAAAAUACAAAGUUACCUUGAAAGGCUAGCCAACGAGAACAAAAUCACUGAUCAUAGAACAGAGACGUUAUUGCGUUACCUAGACGAAAGAGAUGGCGCCAAUGCGGAGCGAGCGCUUGAGCUGUUAUCAGAAAUCGCAGGCUCAAGUUCCCGCGCUGUCAUCAUCAUGCGCGGUAUUCCCGGAUGUGGGAAGAGCUUUCUAUUGGAUCACUGCAUCGAGGCGAGGGAGCCCAACGGUCUGGUAGUGUGCAGCCCAAAGCAGCUGUUUCACAGAGCCGGGAACAAUAAAGUAGAUAAGUCAGAUUUGAAUAUCGCUGAAGCGUUCUGCAGAACACGUUUCCUUGAGGCUAUCACUGGGCAUGCGCAGUACGUCGCUUUAGACGACUGUCACCCACAUGUUUACCAAUACUCACUGUACCGGAAGUUGGCGCGCGCGUUCGGACUUGCUUGUCACGUGCUAGAAAUCACGUGCCCUGAUCACGAAAGCGUUCAACGAUGCGGAGAGGUUUCUGGUAGGAAUGCCUCUGAACUUGCUAAAAUGAGAGGAGAUUGGGACGAGGAUUCUGACGCGGUGCGCAUUGAUCCAUGGUUCAAAAACCCUUCCAUUCAAGAUACCCCAGAUGUUAGUCUUAGAUCAUUGCUAGGACUUUAGACUCUCAAACAAAUGUGUAACACAAGAUUGGCUCUAAAGGCCGAUUUACACAGCACGAUUUAAUUGUAUGCGACCUGCCUAUGUCUUAGCCCUGAAUUAUACACUACGACAUCUUUGCGGGCAUCGUAGCGGAGUUGAAGGCUGAUUUACACUCUACGACAUCUUUGCGGGCUUCGGAGCGGAGUUGUAGGCUGAUUUACACUCUACGACUCUAGUUGUAGGGGUGUCGCGGGCAUGUUUCCAAAAUUUAGACACAGUGGUACCUCUAAGCGGCUACCCUCAGGACUGUAUUAAAAAAAAAGUCUAGCCAAAAA